AUGCUACAAAGAGUUAACCCUUUGGUUGGCAGGACGCUCAUGAGGUCCAACUUGGUUACUGUGAUGAGAUACAAUAGCUCAAUCACAAAGAGUCCAACAGCUAUUGUCUUUAUGAAUAUGGGUGGACCCUCUACAGUUGAAGAAACGCAUGAUUUUCUCUUUGAAUUAUUUGCUGAUAAUGAUCUGAUACCCAUUAGCAAGAAAUAUCAAAGGAAUAUUGCCAAAUAUAUUGCUAAAUUGCGUACCCCCAAGAUUGAAAAACAAUAUCGAGAAAUUGGAGGUGGAUCUCCCAUUCGUAAAUGGUCAGAAUAUCAGGCAGCUGAAGUUUGUAAGAUCCUGGAUAAAACAUCACCUAACACUGCUCCACAUAAACCAUAUGUAGCAUUCCGUUAUGCGAGACCUUUGACAGAUGAGGCUUACAAGCAAUUGUUACAUGAUGGGGUUAAGAGAGCAGUUGCCUUUUCCCAAUAUCCUCAUUUUUCAUAUUCAACCACUGGUUCAUCAAUUAAUGAAUUAUGGAGACAAGUGAAAAGGUUAGACCCCAAUAGAACCAUUUCAUGGUCUACGAUUGACCGUUGGCCAUCUAAUGAAGGUUUAAUUAAAGCUUUUUCUGAGAAUAUUACUGCAAAAUUGAAUGAGUUCCCCGAAGAAGUAAGAGAUAAGGUAGUAUUAUUAUUUUCUGCACAUUCUUUACCCAUGGAUGUGGUCAAUACUGGGGACUCAUACCCAGCCGAGGUAGCAUCUACUGUGUACAAGAUCAUGGAAAGAUUGAAGUUCCGUAAUCCUUACAGAUUAACAUGGCAAUCGCAAGUGGGACCUAAACCAUGGUUAGGUGCACAAACAGCCAAGAUUGCAGAAUUUUUGGGUCCACAAGUGGAUGGGUUAUUAUUUAUCCCGAUUGCGUUUACGUCGGAUCACAUUGAGACAUUGCAUGAAAUUGAUCUAGGUGUCAUUGGUGAAUCUCCAUUUAAGAAUAAGUUUAAAAGAUGUGAAUCGCUAAAUGGUAGUGCUACUUUUAUUGAAGGUAUGGCUGAUUUAGUAAAGAGUCAUUUAGAGACUGGAGAGUUAUAUUCUAAACAAUUACCACUUGAUUUUACUUUAGGUAAGUCUAGUGACCCGGUGGAAGACCUUUCAUUGUUAUUUGGUGAUCAUACAAAGAAGUAA